GAUCAGAAAAGGAAGGCAUUAUCAGAAUUUGGCUUUUUUAAGCUUAUGAUUCAUACUCAGUCCAAACAAUGAAAUCUUACAAUAUGCAUAUGUUGAGUGAAUGCAUAUCUAGUCAAGUACCUUGCUGAGUGAAAAAUUGAAAAGAGCCAAUGAUUAAAACUACCUAAGAUUGUAAGAUUUAGGACUGUAAGAUUUUAUUAAGAAAAUAUGUACUCCCUAUUCUCUAGUCUGAUUUAGUUAUUCUAAUUUAAAUUUUGCAUAAAAUUUGACUGUAUGUAAAUCAGAAAAGUGAUGUGUAGUCCGUCCUCAUACUGUAAUACUAUAACCAAGGGGCAGAACGCACAUCUUAUAACAACUAAUGAGGGGCAGGUCCUUACAUUGGGAGAGUCUCCAUACAUCAAUGCUACAGUCAGCCCAAAUUGUCCCCAGAUCCUUACUCUAAACAUAAAAUCGAAAAACUCUUGUUUGGGACGGAUGGAGAUGAUCGCAGAGGCUGAGAUAAAGGUCCUUCAAGGAAGAAACGAAGCGCGAUGCGGGAACCAAAUUCUGAUAGUCGGCCGGCAAAACUUAACCCAAACAGCGUCGGAACUGGCGACAGAGUUGAAAGAGGGGGAAACUGGCGACAAUCUACAGGCAUCGAGAGGACUGGUUAAGGAGAUGAUAGCGGCGAAGCAAUCAGCGGGAAGAGCACGGAAAUCCAGCGUCUCUGGAUGGAAUCGUUGACCCCUCGGACCGGUACUUAUUGUGACCGAAAACGUGGAAUGCCAACGGGUGGAUAUUGGAGUUUAAUAAAGGGUAUUUGAGGAAAGCUCAGCUGUUAAGUUUUUGUAAUGGUAAUUAUUAUAAUUUUCUAUUAUAAUCCUGUGAUAUAUUAUAAACUCAUAAUAUGAUA